CUCUAUUCACAUUACUUGUUUGGUUCCAAAACUCAUGUCUUCUGAAAUUCUAUCUAACAUCAUGAGUUUGAUCAUUGACAUAACAUUUUUCUAUAUUAUUUUGUUCUUUCUUUCAUUGAACAUAGUCUUGUGUAUUGAAAUUGAAAUCAAUGAUUUUCAUCCACAAGAAAGAGAUGGUUUGUUAGUCCUAAGAGAUUCUUUAAAUUCUUCUAUAAAUUUGCAUGGAAAUUGGACAGGACCACCUUGUAUAAACAACCUUAGUAGAUGGUUUGGUAUCACUUGUUCAAAUUGGCAUGUUGUUCAUAUUACAAUUCAAGGUGUUAAUCUUAGUGGCUAUUUACCUUCAUCAUUUCUUCAAAACAUAACUUUCUUGAGACAAAUUGAUUUUAGAAAUAAUGAACUUUUUGGAACAUUGCCAAAUUUAACAGGUUUGGUUUUCUUGGAAGAAGUGAAGUUUUCAGUUAAUCACUUUUCAGGUGAAAUUCCUUUGGAAUAUGUUGAAUUGCAUAGUCUUAAAGUUUUGGAGUUACAAGAGAAUUACUUAGAUGGUGAAAUUCCACCUUUUGAUCAACCUUCAUUGAUAAGUUUCAAUGUGUCAUAUAAUCAUUUGGUAGGGAAAAUUCCUGAAACUUCUUUGCUUCAAAGGUUUCCAAAGAGUUCUUUUGAUGAUAAUUCUGAUCUUUGUGGAUUUCCAUUGGAUAAGUCAUGUUCUGUUGAACCUCCUGCACCACCUCCUUUUGCUAUUCCACCUAGUCCUUCAAUGGAGGAAAAUAAGAAGAGGCUUCAAGUUUGGAUUAUUGCUUUGAUUGUUAUUGUUGCGGCUGUUUUGUUUCUUUUUCUGGUGAUUAUUGCUUUCUUGUUUUGUAAAAGACAAGCUAAAGGAAAUGAAAGAAGAAGAAAUGAUUCAACAAGGUAUGUUUUUGGAGCAUGGGCAAAGAAAAUGGUCUAUAAUGCAGGAAACAGUGAAGAUUCUGAAAAAUUAGGCCAAUUAGAAUUUUGCAACAAGAAAUUUCAAGUUUUUGAUAUGGAUGAUUUAUUAAGAGCAUCAGCAGAAGUUCUAGGAAGAGGAGAUUUUGGUGUUACAUAUAAAGCAACACUUGAAACAGGUAAUAUUGUUGCAGUAAAAAGACUUAGCUACAUCAAUGAAUUGAACAAGAGAGAGUUUAUUCAGCAAAUGCAAUUGCUAGGAGAAAUAAAGCAUGAAAAUCUUGUUGAAAUUAUCUCCUUUUAUCAUUCAGAAGAUCAAAAGCUUGUCAUAUAUGAACUUGUCUCUGAUGGCACUUUGUUUGAACUCCUACAUGAGGGUAGAGGAAUUGGAAGAAUACCUCUUGAUUGGAGUACAAGACUUGCAAUUAUCAAAGACAUAGCAAAAGGUCUUGAUUUCCUUCAUCAAUAUUUGUCUUCUCACAAAGUUCCUCAUGCAAACCUCAAAUCAACAAAUAUUCUAAUCCAUCAAGAUAAUCAAGGUUACCAUUCAAAGCUCAUAGACUAUGGUUUCUUACCAUUACUCUCAUCAUCAAAAAAAUAUGAAGAAAAGCUAGCAAUAAGCAAGUCACCAGAAUUUGUUAAAGGGAAAAAGUUGACACACAAAACUGAUGUAUAUUGUUUUGGUAUCAUAAUGUUAGAGAUUAUAACAGGCAAAAUUCCUGGUCAUAUCCUAGGUGAUGAAGUUGAAGAAAUAACAACUAAUGAUCUUUCAGAUUGGGUUAGAACUGUUGUGAAUAAUGAUUGGUCUACUGAUAUAUUGGAUUUGGAAAUAUUAGCAGAUAGAGAAGGACAUGAUGCAAUGUUGAAUCUAACUGAGAUAGCUCUUGAGUGUACUGAUAUGAUACCUGAGAAUAGGCCUAAAAUGAGUGUGGUGUUGAGGAAAAUUGAAGAGAUGGAGCAAAUCAUAAAAGAGAAUGAAUGAAAAAAAUUUAAGUUACUAUAGAAUGAUGUAAUGUCUUGCAUGAACUGCAUAUUCUAGGAAUAUUCACAUAUUUAUUUGUAACACAUUUUUUAUUUAUGACAACGACACAUUAUAUAAAGCAGAAAAGGAUUAACUAUUGCAGAAGAUAAUCCUCUUCUGCUUUGGAGAAAAGGAUAUGUAUGGAGAACAUUAUUUCAAAAGAGAUAAAAUUCUCUUUGAUGUUGAGAGAUUAUUGUUUUCACUGUUUUUAA